CCUACUGGAUUGAUAUUAGUGCUUAGUGGAGGUGCUGGUGUACCAAAGGGAGAAAAAAGCCAAGUAGAGAGCAGAACCACAACAGAGACCAUGCUGGGCUCCUUGGUCCUCAUUUGGAUUUUUAUCUUCCUCCUCUUCCUCUUUAUCAAGACCCAGAGGCCCAAGAACUUUCCUCCUGGACCCUGGCCUGUGCCCAUUUUUGGGAACCUUUUUCAGCUGAACAUGACUGAUCCUCUGAAAGACUAUGAGAGGUUGGCUGAGCGCUAUGGGAACGUUUACAGCCUGUAUAUUGGAGGAACACCAGCAGUGGUUCUUACUGGUUUCAAGGCUGUGAAGGAAGCUCUGGUGACCAAGGGUGCAGACUUUUCAGGACGUCCACAAAACGUCCUAAUGAGCCAUCUAACGCAAGGAAAUGGGGUCGUAUUUCUUGACUAUGGUCCUGCCUGGAAGGAGCAUCGGCGCUUUUCCCUCACGACCCUGAGGAACUUUGGCAUGGGAAAGCGGUCUAUGGAGGACAGGAUCCUGGGAGAGAUCGAACACCUUGUUGCACGUUUGGAGAAAAGUGCUGGAGGAUCUAUCAAUCCUGAAACUUUGUUUCAUAAAGUUGCAUCAAAUAUCAUCUACCUGGUUUUAUAUGGCACUCGCCUUGACUAUGAGGAUGAAACCCUCCAAGAAUAUUUUAGCCACUACGAUGAACUUGCGAAGGUUGCCAAUGGACCCUGGGGAAUGAUAUAUGAUAUGGUUCCUAUUGUGAGAGCCCUGCCCCUUCCCUUUAAGAAAGCCUUCACACAUUUUGAGGCAAUCAAAGCCAUGAUAGCAAGCAUGGUGAGAAAACACAAGACAUCCAGAAUCCCAGGAGAGCCAGAAAACUUGGUCGACUGCUAUCUGGAUGAACUUGAUAAGGGAGCAAAUAAUGGAUCCCACUUUAAUGAUGCAGAUCUUGUGAGAACCAUCAUGGACCUUCAUGGUGGUGGGACAGAAACCACCUCCAACACCCUCCUAACAGCGUUCCUCUACCUCAUGACCAAACCAGACAUUCAGGAGAGAUGUCAGAAGGAGAUUGACGAGGUUCUGGAGGGUAAAGCUCACGCGUCCUUUGAGGACAGACACAAGAUGCCGUACACACAUGCUGUGAUCCAUGAAUCUCAGCGCGUCGCCAGUACCUUCCCCCUCAGUGUACCCCACUGCACCACAAGAGAUACUGAACUGAUGGGCUACAGCAUCCCAAAGGGUACUCUAAUCAUCCCAAACCUCCUGUCAGUGCUGAAUGAAGAAGACCAGUGGAAGUUUCCUCAUGAGUUCAAUCCAGCUAACUUCCUGAAUGAGCAGGGACAGUUCGAGAAGCAUGAAGCCUUCCUGCCCUUUUCUGCUGGGCCUCGUGUGUGUCUCGGUGAAGGUCUGGCUCGAAUGGAGCUCUUCCACAUCUUGGUCACUCUGCUGCACCGGUUCCAGUUCUUCUGGCCUGAAGAUGCAGGAGAACCAGACUAUACUCCUGUAUUUGGAGUCAGUCUCAAACCCAAACCGUACAGGAUGGGAGUCAGACUGAGACAGCCAGCUAGAGAAAUGUAGAAACUGCCAGCAAAUGCCAGCAAAAAUUGAUGUAAUAAUUGAUGGACUUUUAUAUUAAGAGUAAUACUUAGUAGCCACGUAUGAAAACUGCUUCACUUCAGUUUAAUCAACAGCAUUGCAAGUACAACUUUACCAUACCACUAAAGACCAUUCUGUAAUUUACAUGCUGUUAUCAAAUAAAAUGUUUCAACCUUU